CCCCCUUACACCACGUACGGCGAAGAAUCGGAAAGAAGGGAAAGCACUGACUCGGUGUUUACAUUCACAUUCAACAGCCAUCUUUUCCAUGCAGUCUUUCUCAACUAUUAGAAACGGAUAUCAAGUAUUCGUCUCGACAUUUUGGAUCAUACAAGUGGUUGGCGCCUUGGAUUCCUACAGCACUCCGAAUGCGAAGACUAAUUCAGACAGAGAAUGCUAGUGUGGUCUUUUAUUUUCCUGCUUUGUAGUUGGGAAAAUGUCUCUGGACAGAUCCGUUAUUCAAUUCCUGAAGAACUGGAGCACGGAGCCUUUGUUGGGAAUGUCGCCAGGGAUUUAGGCUUAGACGUGAACGAGUUAGCUAAUCGCAAGCUUCGGUUAAUGCCUGAGGCCAAUGAACGGUAUUUUAAGGUAAACUUAGAUAAUGGAGAGUUGCGCGUGAAUGUUAAGAUAGACAGAGAGAAACUCUGUGGACAAAAUGCUAGAUGCAUGCUUACUAAUAACAUUAUCAUCGAAAAUCCAGUGGAGCUCUACAGCGCUGAAGUUGAGAUAUUGGAUAUAAAUGAUAAUUCACCCAGUUUCUCAAAUGAUGAGCUCCGUCUGGAGAUCGUGGAAUCAGUUCCGCUGGGAACGCGCUUCCUGCUCCCGAGCGCGCACGAUCCAGACGUGGGCACCAAUUCCAUCAGCGCUUACCAUUUGAAUGCAAAUCAACACUUUGCCUUAGAGGUCAAGAACAGCAGUGACGGCAGUAUAACUGCGGUCUUAGUGCUAACCAAAGUUUUAGACAGAGAAGCGUUGGCGACUCAUCGAUUAACUCUGACAGCUAUUGAUGGUGGAACGCCAGUGAGAUCUGGCACGUCCCAAAUUGUUAUCACGGUUCUCGAUGUCGACGACAAUUGGCCGGUGUUCGAGCAGGCAGCGUACAACGUGAAGUUACCGGAAAACGUGCCAAUAGGUACUUUGGUUAUCAAACUCAAUGCCACUGAUUUGGAUGAAGGGUCGAAUGGUCAAAUAAGCUAUUCCUUCAGUAGCAGUACCCCGGCUGGCGUGCGUGACCUCUUCAGCCUCGGGUCCAGAAUGGGAGAAAUGAGAGUCAAGGGGGUAUUGGAUUUUGAGGAGAAUAAUUUUUAUGAGAUUAACAUUGAAGCAAAGGAUAGUAUUCAUUUUGCGGUUUGCAAAGUUAUAGUAGAGAUAACUGACGUGAAUGAUAAUACACCCGAGAUAACAUUAAUGUCAGUAUCUACCCCGAUCCGCGAAGAUGCCCAGCCCGGGACUGUGGUUGCACUGAUGCGUGUAACAGAUCGAGAUUCAGGACUAAAUGGACAGUUUGAAUGUCAGAUUCCGGACGACCUACCAUUUAAUCUCAAGUCAUCCUUGAAAAAUACAUACACAUUAACGACCAGUUAUCAUCUGGACCGAGAGACGAAUUCCCAAUAUACAGUCCACAUAACCUGCACUGAUACAGGAUCUCCUCCUCUCUCAGCGAACAAAACCAUUCUGGUUCAGAUUUCAGAUAUGAAUGACAAUGCGCCACGCUUUGCACAGCUUUCCUAUACGGUGUAUGUCCCCGAGAACAGUCCUGCUGGCUCUUCUAUAGGUGCUGUCUCUGCUUUGGAUCCGGAUCAGAACCGGAAUUCACAUAUCGUGUACUCAAUCCUGAACAGUCUGGUUCAUAACAUGCCUGCGUCCGCUUACGUUUCAAUCACCUCGGAUACCGGUAGCCUCUAUUCCCAACGCCCCUUCGAUUACGAGGAACUCAAAAACUUUCAGAUCCACGUGCAAGCUCGGGAUGCUGGAUUCCCGGUCCUUGACAGCAAUGUCACCGUCAACAUUGUCGUCCUGGAUCAGAACGAUAACGCACCCCAAAUCAUUUCCCCGUUGACCAACAACAAUUCUGGAAUCACUGUGCCCCGCUCUGCGGACCCUGGCUCACUAGUGACUAAAGUAGUGGCUGCAGAUGUGGAUUCCGGUCAGAAUGCUCGCUUGACUUAUCAGUUGCUCCAGGCCACUGACUCAGGCCUGUUCACCAUAGCACAUGGUUCAGGUGAAAUUAGGACAAUCCGUCGUUUCAUGAAGAAGGACGACCCCAUUCAGAAACUCGUUGUUCUAGUUAAAGACAAUGGCCACCCACCCCUUUCAAGCACUGUCACCAUCAACGUAUUAGUAACAGAUAAUAGCGCAGAAACCCUAUCAGAUCAAAUUCCUCAAGUCCACGAUGUCCGUCCCACUUCUAACUUAGCUUUUUACUUAAUAAUCACUCUGGCUUCAACCUCCUCAAUUCUGCUUGUGAUUCUAAUCGUCCUCAUUGUGACCAUGUGUCAUUCUGAUAGAAGUCGGUCUCGUUGCUGUGACCUUUCCCCUUCCUGCUGCAAUUUAAACCGGUGGCAUACAGACGACACUUUUCCAAAUUCCCAUUUAUAUUUUCAAACUGUACCCGACUAUAAAGGAACGCCACACUUCGUUGAGUUGGUUGGCAAUGGGUCGCUCUCUCGAACAUACUCCUAUAAAGUUCGUCCAAAUCAGUUAUCGAGUAAAGGAGAUUUCGUCUUCUUAGCACCGUACAAUACAGCAACUUUGCAAAAUGACGCAGCCAACACUGAUACACUUCUAGCAGAAUGGAGAGGGGAGUUAACGAAUAACUGGAAAAAUCCACACUCUGAGAUGUUGCCAGACCUGCUGAGUUUCUCCAGCGAUGUCGGUUUUUGCUUCACCUCAGUGAAUGCCUUUCAUGUCUAUAGAGAAAAAGCAAGGAAAUGGGGAUCACUGGUAGCUCAAGUCAAACAUUAAGUAUGAUGCAUCCAAUAUCCUUUGCACUAGAACCGCAUUAAAUGUUAGAUAACAGAGAGGCUAUUCAGCCCAUCAUCAGCACUACAUUAUCCUUUACUGUUUUUAAUGAUUCGUACAGAUGGGAUCUUGUUCUAAAGUUGGUUGAGAGGUAUUGCAUUGAAUGAAACUCCAGCACAAUACCAAAUCUAUUUUUAAAGAUAAAGCUCUGAGGAAGGUUCACUGGAACCCGAAACAUUAACCCUGAUUUUUUUUCCUCUCAGAUGCUGCCAGACCUGUUGAGCUUUUCCAGCAAAUUCUGUUUUGUUGCUUUUUCUCUUUUGUUGUUUCUGUUUUAAAGAUCUCUUGAGCUCCUGGGUGCCUCAGAGAACCGUACAGAUCUUGAAAUUGAUUCAGAAUGUGGACAUUACAAUUACACUGUCAAAACACAUCUUAUUCAUCUUCUAACCAUCUGUGCAGAGGUCUCUCUUGUAAUCUUGAAAAUUCAAUUUGGAAAAAGUCAGUAAAAAUAAGUCAUUGCAAUGUUGUAAUCAAUACUGUAGCUUCAGGUCUUAGAAUCUGUUCUGACUUGGAACUAACAUAACUGAAGCCUAAUACGUCUGUCUUUGCACUGCCUGUGGUUACAAUAUCAUGGAGUGAUUUUCAACUUCUGCGUGUUUAUUCAACACCUGAUAAAUGGAUAAUGGGCGGAGGAAAAGCAGGGGUAGGAACCGUUUGUUUAUCUUUGCACACCCUAAGUCUGCAUGAUACAAUUAUCAGAAGGAUUUCUAAAUAUGAAUAUAAUAGUCUUGCCAACUUCAGACAGGGAACAAUUUAAACACAAAAAUCAAUAUUGUACAUCAUGUGAGACCUAGAUUUCCAUAUUACAAUUCCAUUACAACAGAAACUCGUCCCUCUUUUUGUACCCAGUGACAAGCUGAAACAGUGGUCCUUAAAGUGAAUACUGGUACCACCUACACAAAAUACCCCACAUUCUUGUGCACCUGAUCCAAUCCUGGCCUUGAAGCUGUGACAGUGAAUCUGGUACUUGCUUUGAGGGCACAGUUCACGGCUUGCAUUAGAAGUACUCUGAAACUGGAAACUGUUCAAGACAAAUAUUUGGAAAUAGAAAAUCUUCUACACCUUAUCAGGAAGAUUGUUAAAAAAAGAUGGAAGCGCACAGUAUUAUUGAGAUCAUGGUAUUAUGGGGAUCUGAACUUGACAAACAAUAUAAAAACUGUGGCUGUAAGAAGAAGUCAGAGGCCAGAAAUCCAGGAGGGACUAACUCACCUUCUGAUUUCCCAAACCCGUCCACUAUACAAGGUCCAAGUCAGAAGUGUGAUGCAAUACUCCGACUUGCCAGAAUGAGUGCAGUUCCAACAAUAAUCAAAAUGUUUGAAAUCAUCUAGACAAAACAAUCUAUUUGACUUUCUAAUUCACUCAUGGGACCUUGAUAUCACUGGCUGGGAGAGCAUUUAUUACCUUUCCCGAGUUUCCCAUGUGGAGGUGGAGGUGCAUUGCCUUCUUGAACCGCUGCAAUCUAUAUGCUGUAGGUAGACCCACAUGCUGUUAGAGAGGGUGUUCCAGGAUUUCGAUCCAGCAGUAGAGAAGAAAUGGUGAUUUAUUUCCAAGUCAGAUUGGUGAGUGGCUUGGAGAGA